AUGUCGUCUGAGUCUGUUCUGCCAAACAGUGUACCGCCCACUUCAAACGGCAAUAAUAUCUCACCAAAUGUACUGGCUAGAGAAGCUAAACGGAAGCAACAAGCGGCUGAUAGGAGAGUCCAGAAAGCGGAAGCUUUGAGGAAGGUCAAUGGUGCUUGGAUUGGGGCUUUCGGUAUUACUAUUUGGGUUAUUGUAUUACAAGUUGCUGGCCUCCUUCUGUUUAAAAAUGGUUUCUUAUUGUCAAGACCAGUGUUUGAAGAUCACUCUGAAUGCUCCGUUUUACCAGAAACCCAAGAUAAUAUCGUGAGCCAACCGAGCAAAGGAUGCUGGACUGAACCAUCAUUUGACAAGGCCAUUCUAAUAGUUAUCGAUGCACUUCGUUUUGAUUUUACCAUUCCAUCUGACAAAGCCUCUCCUAGUCAUUUUGAAAACAAGCUGCCUUUUCUUUACAAUGAAUUCAUAAAUAAUCCACAGAAUUCGUUGCUUCUCAAGUUCAUGGCUGAUCCACCAACUACCACUUUGCAACGUUUAAAGGGCCUGACUACUGGUUCUCUACCAACAUUCAUAGAUGCAGGUUCUAACUUUGCCGGAACUGAUAUUGCUGAAGACAACUGGCUUGCCCAGGCUACCAAUGACAACAAGACAAUUGCGUUUGUCGGUGAUGACACUUGGACUGCUUUGUUUCCCAAUCAAUUCGGUAAUAUUUCCUUUCCUUACGAUUCUUUGAAUGUCUGGGACCUAGACUCGGUCGAUAACGGGGUUAUUGAGCACAUAUUUCCUAUUAUAAAUGGUAACUAUGGUCAUUGGGACAUUGCAGUUGGCCAUCUCCUAGGAGUUGACCAUGCCGGUCAUAAAUAUGGACCUAACCAUAAUGGCAUGAAGGAUAAGCUUGAACAAAUGAACCAGUUUUUGGAAAACCUGGUUGCUUCUAUCUCAGAUGAUACUUUGUUAGUAGUUAUGGGGGACCAUGGCAUGGAUUUAAAGGGCGACCACGGUGGAGAGAGCUUACUUGAGCUUGAAGCAGCUCUUUGGAUGUAUAGCAAAAAACCGUUUUUCGGCCGCAAAUAUGGAUCAGAUAUUUAUAACACUUCUGACAGUGGUAAAAAUUUCCGGUCUGUGGCUCAAAUUGAUUUUGUGCCUACUUUUUCAUUACUGAUGGGUCUACCGAUUCCAUUUAACAAUCUGGGUGCGCCAAUAGUGGAGGCAUUCAUUGGCCCCGAUAGUAAGAAUUACCAAGCAUUGGCCAGAGCUGAGGCUCUUACUGCCGGCCAGAUUCAUAGAUAUACUGAGAAGUCAACGUCCGCGUCAAGUGCAUUUUCUGAGUCGACUAUUCAGGAACUCUGGCACAAUGUGUUGUCUGCUGACUCAAUUGGUGCCGGUCUGAGCGCGGCAGUAGCGUAUCAAACUGCUGUUAUUGAUCAUUAUCGUGAGAAAUGGAUAAAGUUUCAUCUUCCCGAUAUUAUUCGCGGAGUUCUUAUUAUAACUGCGUCGUUAUUAUCUGUUGUGAUUGCUGCCUCUAAUAUCAACGGGUCGAAUAUGUUACAAACUGCUAAAAGAGUGACUAUCUCUGCUUUGUCUUUUUCUGCCGUCGGGUUUGUAUACCGAAUCUCGCAAGAUUUGGUAUACAGCGUUCUAGCUACUACUUCAUUAGGAAUUGUGCUGGGUCUUGUUUGGACUAGCAGAGCCUCGCAUGCGGUGUCAUCGUCGUCACCAGCGCCGACCCCUACUCCUCGAUCAAACACCCAAGAAGGCCAAGAUGAACAGGGAGAAGAAGCAGAUCUCGGAACAAAAAAGGUUAAAGAAACCAAGGAAAAUAGCAAACUAUCGGCAGUUCCUUCUGUCUGGACAAUUCUUGCUAUUUUCUUAUCGCUAGUUCACGCCGUUGUGUUCACUUCAAACUCGUUUACAGUUUGGGAGUCGAGCAUUUUGAACUACUUGUUAGCUACAUUUGGUUUUGUUGCGUUUGUUUAUGCUAGAAGGCUCGAUGAUGUGAUCCGUAGAACGAUCGCUACUUGGCACUGCGUGGCAUUCAUUGUUCUCACAAAGAUAUCAUCUUUUUCGGUUCUCUGUAGAGAGGAACAUGGUAUUGGCUGUAAAUCGACUUUUUAUCAAGAUGGUUCGUCUAUUAGUUCACCGUAUGCGUUGGUUGGCCUUGUUAUAGUCAGUUUGGCUCUUCCUCGUAUUAUUGUUUCAUUCUAUAAGACAUCUGAGAGCUAUCACGGUGCUGCACCAAUCUGGCUCUCGAUUGGUUUGCAAACGAUUAUGACAUUGUCAGGCCUCUUUUGGUUUCUUGAUGGUGCGGAGACAUUCAACUGGAAGGUUGCUGCGGCGAUUGACCACGAGCUUUUGCAUACUGUUAAAAUUCUUAUUGCUAGGAUUGGUCUCGGUGCCAGCUUAGUAGCUGGAAAUUACGGCUGGUUAAAAGGAACUCUAUGUUGUCAAUUGGAUUUCGAAGGCAAACGACCUAUUCUAAAGGGCUAUUAUAAUAUUUAUGGCUCGUUUGCAUUUCUCUUUGUGCUUAACUUCUUUGCUGCUACCUUGAUUGUUAACAAGCCUAUGGGUGGAAUUAUACUAUCGGUUCUUAUUUACCACUCUAUGACACUGAUGGAAAUUCUACAUCUUCUUCAAAUUAAGGAGUCUAUUAUUGGCCCAGUAGUGUUUGGACUAUUAGGAUCUGCUUACUUUUUUUCAACCGGGCACCAAGCUACCAUUCCUUCGGUACAAUGGGAUGUUGGGUUUAUAGCGUCCAAGACUAUCAGUUUCCCUUUGACCCAUAUUGCUAUCUUUUUGAACUCACUCGGACCAUUCAUAAUUACCGCUCUGAUUGUCCCGAUCGUCCCCCUGUGGAAAGUGGGUCCUUUCAAAAGUGGUGAAGCAGCUUUUACUAGAGCUUUAAAAUCGGCACUGGCAUUUAUUGCUUAUCAUACUGUGGUUGCGUUAUCUUCUAUGAUCUGGGCCACGUAUUUCAGACGCCACCUUAUGGUAUGGAAAAUCUUUGCCCCAAGAUUCAUGCUCGCUGCUGUCACCUUACCAGCAGUUGGUGUCUCUAUUGCAUUAGCUCUUUUGGCUGUCGGUUAUACUGUACGCCAAGUUUCAAAUAUAUUUUAG